UCAUUUUCCAAACUUUUCAUCCCACAUCUCAUUAUUAUCACUCCUAGCAAGCCAAAGCUAAGGGUCUGAAAUUAGAAUGGGUACCGAAGAGUCGAGGAGAUGGAUAUUGGUGGUGCAAUAUGUGGUGGUUUUAGGGUUGAUCAGCUUGGGAUAUUAUGGAGCAAAUGCACAACAAGUGCCUUGUUAUUUUAUAUUUGGUGAUUCUUUAGUAGAUAAUGGGAAUAACAACAAUAUUCAGUCAUUGGCUAGGGCUAAUUACUUGCCUUAUGGUAUUGAUUUCCCUGGUGGUCCUACCGGGAGAUUUUCCAAUGGAAAAACUACAGUUGAUGUCAUUGCGGAACAACUGGGCUUCAAUGGUUAUAUUCCACCCUAUGCAACUGCUAGGGGUAGAGACAUUCUCGGAGGUGUCAAUUACGCUUCUGCGGCUGCUGGAAUUAGAGAUGAAACUGGCAGACAACUGGUACUUCAUCAAAUUCUUUUUAUUCUUAAAAUUUAUGAUUUUAUUGUAAUUUUUUCGUCCAGUUUUUGUGUUUUUGUUUUGAGAAAUGUAUAUUUUUAG